GACUAUUUUAUUACAUUUAAUGUUAAUUUUUUAUAAAUGUUUAAUUAUUGUCUCUGUAAUUUUCAAUAGAUUAUAGAACUUUGUUGUCACUUUUAUGGUAUAACAAUCAAAACAACAGCUGUCACUAGCGUCACGAACUCCUUUGUUGUUGUCUGGUUCUGUUGACAUUUUCAUCGAAUUACGAGUUGUGUAUGAUGCAUUUUACAAAUUAUUUUGUAAACACGUGUAUUUUAUUUUUUAUCUAGUUUAGAAUGAUUGAUACUCAUUGGUAUACAAUUAAUCAUUACAUUUGGUUAGCCACCAGAAGUUGACCAUUUAUAUUUUUGAAGUACAAACGAUUUUACUAAUUAUAAACUAAUACUAAAAUGGAUACUUUAUUUAUGCAAAAUGUGACUGAAGAAUUUGAAGAUAUACCUUCAACACAAGAACCAGUAUGGAUUCUUGGAAAAAAAUACAAUGCAAUGACAGAACUAGAAAUAAUACGCAGAGAAAUACAGUCUAAAUUAUGGUUCACUUAUCGCAAGGGUUUUAUACCAAUUGGAGGAAAUAGUGCAGCUUUUACAUCUGAUAAAGGAUGGGGAUGUAUGCUGAGAUGUGGUCAGAUGGUCCUUGCUCAAGCACUAGUUUGUCUUCAUCUAGGACGGGAUUGGCAAUGGACACCUGAAACAAGAGAUAGUACGUAUUUACAGAUAUUAAGUCGAUUUGAAGAUCGACGAACUGCUCCAUUUUCUAUUCACCAAAUAGCUCUGAUGGGUGCGACUGAAGGCAAAGAAGUUGGACAGUGGUUUGGACCAAAUACAAUAGCCCAAGUAUUAAAAAAACUAGUUGCCUAUGAUGAGUGGAGUUCUAUAACAAUACAUGUUGCUCUAGACAAUACAUUAAUUGUAAAUGACGUCUUAAGACAAUGUCGAAUUGACGAAGCAACAGCAGUGGUAGAAGAAAAUGGAGAUGGAGCUUUAAAUGCACCUAGUCAAUGGAAACCUUUAUUACUUUUAAUACCACUCCGAUUAGGCUUGAGUGAAAUCAAUCCAGUCUAUAUUAAUGGCCUUAAAACAUCUUUUAAAAUACCACAAUCUCUAGGAGUGAUCGGAGGAAAACCAAAUCUUGCAUUAUAUUUCAUUGGUUGUGUUGACGACCAAGUUAUAUUUUUGGAUCCACAUACAACUCAAAAGUCUGGUUGUGUUAAUCAAAAGGUUGAUGAAAAUGAUGUUGAAAUGGAUUUCACGUAUCAUUGUAAAACAGCCAGUCGAAUACCAAUAACAGGAAUAGAUCCUUCCGUAGCAUUAUGUUUUUUCUGUGCUACUGAGAAAGAAUUUAAAUCAUUAUGUAGAUCAAUGCAAAGUGAGUUAAUUGCUUCCGAAAAACAGCCUCUUUUUGAACUAUGUGCUGAACGUCCAGCACAUUGGUCUCCUGUUGAAGAUGUUGCAACUGAAGCUCUGGGAAUUACGCCUUCAAAUCGUACGAUUGUAGAUUUUGAACAAUUGGACCGUCAAUACGACACGUCGGAUGAAGAGUUUGAACUGCUUGGUUAACAAUAAAUCCUAUUUAAUGUUUUUAACAGUACCUCUUCGAAGAUUUUCGAUAUUUGAAUGAAUUUAUCGGGAAUUUUUGAACCAUAAUACUAUUUACAUAAUAUCUAUUUGUAAAUACUCUUACAUUUUUAAUAUAGUUAAUUGCUUAAGUACAAAGGCAAAUUCUUUUAUUUAUUUGAAUGUAGCAUUAUUAUUCUUUACUUUUAUUUUGUUAAUUAUGGUUCGUAUCCUCUUUAUAAAAUCGAGCAAAGUUAUCUUGAUGAGGAUUGAAAGGUUCGAUUAAUUUUAAAUUUGAAUCAGAUGCAAUUUGUUUUAAUUCCUCAGUAAACUUAUUCUGAUGUUCUUUUCUAGCUUCAACAAGAUAUUUUUGUGUUUCUACUAUUAACAUACCGUCUUUUUUCAACAAAGGAACUAUAUUUUGUAUGUGAUUGAUUAAAUUAUGUGCUAUAAAAAUAACAUUGAUAGAUUCCUUCCAUUCAUUCCUGUUUUUGUAUCUCACACAGCUAGAAGCUGUAUGAAAGUUUACCUGAAGAGUUACUUUUAGAAUAAAUGAACUUCUAAAAAUA